AUGACAACCCACUCCAAUGAGAAGAAAACCAGGGCCAAAAGACAGGCCAGGCUUUUUCAAGGUUCUGCUUUGGUGACUUCCCUGAGCGAUUGUUAUUACAUCUCUCUCCUUCUCAGCAAACUAUACCAUUACCAUAUUCACUUUGAUAUUCCCAUACCCAUAUUUUCAACUGGAAUUGUCUGUUCCAUUACCCUGUUUUGGUUUAACAUGCAAAUUCCACCAUCAUUUGCCAAGUUCUUUUAUGGAACACCACGACCUCAGAAGAUCAAGCUUCAGAACUCUGGGAGAAGUUUUUGGCAAGUUAAUGUGGUGAAAAUUGACAACAAGUUGUUCUUUAAAAAGGGUUGGGGGGCCUUUGUAAAAGACAAUCUUUUAGAGCUUAAAGACUUUGUAGUUUUUAAUUAUGUUGGGAGAUCAAUAUUUAGAUUAACCAUCUUUGGGAGAAAUGCAUGUGAAAAAGAUGUCACUGCUGUCCCUAGGAAGAGUGAUAAAUUUGUUUCAGGUAAAGGAAGGAAGAAAAAAGAGGAAAACAAUGAUGAACAACGAACAGGCUAG